CCUUGCGUCACUCGCCACUUCUCUCUCUCUCCACCGCCUCCUCCUACAGAUCAAACAUUCCACCGGAGCUUAACCUCUCCGUCAAAACCCAUCUCCAGAGCAUAAAAAUGGAAGAUCACACCGAAAAGGCCAAACCUUUGAGCAAAAAAAGGUUUAAAAAACCCAAAAGUCUAAACUUUAUCGGAUGGGGCUCGAAGAAUCUAAUAGACUUUCUACAGUCACUUGGUAACGACACAACCGACGAGAUCUCCGAGUACGAGGUUACAAACAUUGUGAGGAAGUACAUCCGUGAGCUAAACGUUGUCCCUUUGAAAAAGGCUAAGAAUAAGAAGAAGACAAAGAUAGUAACUUGCGAUGAGAAGUUAACUUUCCUUUUUGGGUGUGCGAAGAUUAACACAACGAAGCUUCCUGAUUUGGCUAAGAAUAAGAAGAAGACAAAGAUAGUAACUUGCGAUGAGAAGUUAACUUUCCUUUUUGGGUGUGCGAAGAUUAACACAACGAAGCUUCCUGAUUUGGUAGCUAAGCAUUACGUUGAGAAUCAGGAGGAGGAUGAGGAUUUUAAGUAUCUUUACACCUCUGAUGAUGGUGAUGAUAAGGAGAGGUUGUGUUUUAAAGAGGUUGUGGAGAAGAAGCGUAAAGGGAGUGUUGUUGCUGCUAUAGUGAGGGAUAACGUUAAGCUUUUGUAUUUGAGGAAGAGUUUGGUGAUGGAGUUGGCAAAGAGGUCUGAGAGUUUUGAGAGUAAAGUGUUGGGGAGUUUCGUGAGGAUCAAGAAUCCUUGUCGUCAGCUUGUUCACGUGACAGGUGUGAAGGAGGGGAACCCAAUUGAUGGUUACUUUCUUCAGGUGACAAACUAUUGUUAUUAUCUAGAAGAUGUUGCUUCCUCUGCACUUUCAGAUGAUGAUUUCACUCAGGAGGAAUGUGAAGAGUUGCAACAGAGAAUAAAGAAUGGCUCUGUGAAGAAACUUACUGUUGUGGAGAUGGAAGAGAAAGUUCGAAGUCUGCAUGAAGAUGUGACAAAACAUUAUCUGGACAGAAGGGAGCUUCUUAGCAAUCCGGAAGAACAGUCCAGGCUUUUGCUUGAGGUUCCUGAAGUUAUUGCUGAAGAAGUUGAACCUGAAAGUGUUGAUGUUGAUGUGAAUAACGAAGAUGAGUUCAUGGAACCAAACCCUGAAGCAUCCAUUGAGACUCAUCACAAUGAUUCACCAGUUUCUGGUCUCGUGAAAGCUCAAGAAAUUCCCCAGCUCUGUGAUGAAGAAGAAGAAGAAGACCAACCACCAUGGGCUGUUUCUGCAGGUGACAAAGAUCUUCUUGAAGAUGUGGAGGAGCUACCAGAAGACGGCAUGAUCACACAGAACAACAAGGAUUCUAUCUUUGAUGAAUCUCAAGCUCAAGCAAAUGCACCAGUGAUCAUUGAACUGAGCGAUGAUGAUGAAGAGGAGGAGGAGGAGAAAGGAGAUUACAAGAAGUAUGAUCCAAAGAAGAAGAUGUGGUGCUAUGAGCUACCUAAAGGACAAACACAUGGACCAUUCUCCCUAGAAGAACUCAAAGAGUGGAGUGACCAAGAGUACUUUAUUGAUUUUCCAGAUUUCAGUGUCUUCAUGACAGGAAACAGCAUCGGAUCUGGAGUGCUCCUCACCAAGCUUCUAGCUCAUAUCAAACCCUGA